AUGCAACCGUCGAUUCGCAACACCUUUCUUUCGUUCGACGAUGAGCAAGCCAGAGAAGGUAAAGGGGAGAGGCGGCAGAAGAAGACCCGAAGUAUGCCGAUGAGUAGCACGUGUGAUCGUCAGCAGCUCGCUAUCACAUCCCUGCUCUAUCGAGACGGCAAGGUACCAGACAGGAUGGAGUGUCCUCAGGUGUUUCUCCGAAGCGAGGAAGAAGACGGUGGGAUUAGUAGUGGUAGUGGUCAGCGUGGAGAAGGAAGCCUAUCCUUUCACCAUCUGGCCCCUCCUCUCACUCUUCCCAAUUUGGAGUCUGCCAGUACUUGCUCUAUCGCGUCGAAAUCCGAGCCGUCGCCGAGUCCGAAGGCAUCCAAGUCGCUUCAUAAGAGGAAAGGGUGGCCGUCUAGUAUUGAUCUUGAUGCUUUACAAGAGCACCAUCGCGAGACGUUGAUAAUGGCAAUUCCGCGCGAUCCGGUCACGGGCGAGGUUCUGUCGUGUGGGAGCAUCCCUCACGCGUUGGGCAGCUGUAGGCCUUGUGUGUUCGCGAGAAAUGAUGGGAAACAAUGUCUGUUUGGGCCGUCGUGUUUGUACUGUCACUUUGAGCAUGAGUCGAAGAAGAGGAUGAGGAAGAAUAAAAAGCAAAGAGCUGAGGCGCGAGCGGCAUCGGCGUUGAAAAAUGAAAUCGAUAUGUUGGUGGGGGAUGCCCCGUCGCCAAGACCGAGUGAGGGGGUGGAGACGGCUGAUCCUGAGAGCAUUUAUAGGGACCUUAUGAACAGCUCCCAGCAGGUGUGCACGCUGAGAGGAUCCAAUCUCGAGCUACUAUAUCAGCCGGUCACUGGUCACGACUGUACACACUGGAACCCGGGCGGUUUUGUCUCUGAAGGGAAGAGCGGAGUGCAGGUCGAUGCUGUAUUGACCUACCACACCACCGGCUACUCCCCCUGCUUUGGAGCGGGUAUUGGGAGCGCGUCGAGUCUCACUUUAGUCAUCACUCCUCCUGAUGAUGCCCUCAAGGUUCUUGUCGAAACCAGAGUUGUCAGCGACUCCCGGCCACUCGUAGUGACCAAGUGGAUACCAGAAUCUCUGGGCGUGUCGAUUUGGGUGCGAAAUGAUAAUCGUUUGUGUUCCGUGGAAGCAAGGCUAGUCGGCGAGAUAUACCGUCCUAGGGAGCACUUCGACGCCAGAAUAGAAUGGCCCCAAUGCCCAUUCCCUGUUGCCAUGCAAGGUAUGUGCGGUUCCUGUUUCGCGAUUGUGGUUUCUACUGUGGGGACUGAUAGAGUGUGCGUCGAGAACGAGCGGUUGAUCCGAAGGUCAAGGCCGCCCUUGUCUGCUACUGAGAUCGACAAGCAGCGUGCGACCUAUCCCAAGCAACUUUCUCCCCAGCCUAUUCUGAGUUGUGGGAAUCUUGGAGGUUGUGGCGGAGGUUCACCGUUCCUAGCUAUUCAAUAUAGUCAACGCCACGGACUGCCGGAUAGCGAACACUGUCCUUAUAUCAGUGCUGGGUGCACUCAGGAGAUGGAUGGUCGUCGUGAUGGAUGCCACAAGUGCAGUGAACUUGGACUGAGCUCGGCCAAGAUUCUGCCGCUCUACCAUUUCCAUCCAAUACUGGCGCCUAAUGAGGCUGUGAUGAUGCGUACAGUGCAGGAGACAGGUUCGGUCAUCGUUUCCUUCAGAGCUCACGCCAAUUUCCAAGAGUUCUUCAUGUUCAACAGAUUCGGGCUCUACACAACUACCGCUGGUUCUCCCGAGAUCGGUAAUCAUGCGGUUAGAAUCAUUGGCUUCGGCGUAGAGGGCAACGUACCGUUUUGGUUAUUGAUGAACUCAUGGGGGGACGACUGGGGCGAACACGGUUGUUUCAGGAUGCUCCGUGGCCGCAACCUGUGUGGGAUAGAGGAGCUCCCAGUCGGCAUGGACCCCAUCAAUGUGGACCAGCUUGACUCACAGUUCCCUAUAAUCGGCCCGAUCAAUCUCUUGCCUCCGGACAUCUUAUCGCGACUAGCCGACACUACUGCCGCUGAUGCAAAUGUGGCUGCGGAAUCAGUGCAGGAUCUCAGCUCUGUGGGAGCUCCUUUUGCUGGAUCGUCGUGGCCCGUGGAGGAGAAUACUCCUGGUUUGACUAAGGCUCAUACGGCAGCGACCGUGGGAAACUGGAGGACGCAGGACCCUACUGCAGACUACUGGGAGUCGUUUUUCCAGCGGCAUAAAGCUGAGAUCUGCCAGGCGCUCAAGAUUGAUAAGUCAGAAGAGGGAAAAGUGGUGAUGGAAAGUCUCGAGUCUCAAGUCGUGUUUGGUACGCUCAUCCACAUGCACUUGAAAUUGGAGUCAUCCGAUGGACCACUGAAAUCUGACGUAUACGUACACGUUGACCCUUUCGGACGAUGUGAGGUCACCAUCGGGGCUCCUGAUGAGCCACUUUCGUAUCCACAACCGAGUGAUCAAGGAGAGCCUAUUUGAUGCCCAAGCAUUCUCUGUGAUGUUAUAGUCGCGUGAUUCCUUAUCGCCACCUAGAUUGUAUAUUGGGUGAAUUAGAAGUUUCUCUCAUCGCUCUGAUGCUG